UUAUUCCACAGAACAUUCAUCAAGUGGCGAAGUAAAGUUCUAAAAAAAAUAAUGGAUAUAAUAACGCUUUCUUUUAUACUAUACUCUCUUCAAUGUGUGUAUAGUUUUGACUUGUACGAUACUGGAUUCAAUUAUUUAACUAAACAAUUCUUGCAGGAUGUAUCAAAAUUUGGUGUAAUAAUAUCUGCUGAAGCUCGAUCGAUCCAACAGCCCAUAGACCAUUUCGGUGAAAAUUCCCAGACUUGGCAGAUGAGAUAUUUUGAAAGUUUAGAUUACUUUCAGAAAAAUGGCCCUAUAUAUAUUUUUAUAGGUGGUGAAGGUGAAGCAAAUCCACUAUUCUUAUCUGGUGGAGAGAUAAACCAACUGGCUCAAGAAACAAACGGUGCAAUGUAUAUGACCGAACAUCGGUAUUAUGGAAAAAGUAAGCCUUUUGAUGAUAUAAACACGGAAAAUUUGAAAUGGCUUUCCUCAAAACAAGCCCUUGCUGACGUAGCGAAUUUGAUUAAGAGCAUCAAAUCUGAUUCAAGAUUUCAAAAUUCAAAAGUUGUUGUGAUUGGCGGAUCUUAUGCAGGAAGUUUAGCGGCAUGGAUGAAAUUGAAGUACCCUGAAUUAGUGGAUGCUGCUAUUGCAAGCAGCGGGCCGGUUUUAGCAAAGAAGGAUUUUUCUGAUUAUCUUCAGAAAGUAAAUGACGACUAUGAACGAUAUGGCACGCCAGGUUGUUUGACAAAUAUAAAAGCUAAGUUUCAAAAAUUCCAAGAAAUGCUUCAAACCUCCGAAGGUAUUCAACAACUUAAGCAAGAGCAGAACAUUUGUGAAGAAGUUGAUAUGAGCGAUAGGAAAAAUCAAUUCGUAUUUUUCAUGAUAAAUAUCUCACCUUUCAUGCUACAAUCACAAUAUGGGGGCCCAGACAAAAUAAGAGAUCACUGUUCCAAUUUACAGAUGGAAAAAUUAUCAAAAAAACUCCCUUGGAAUAUUAAAAAUUGUAAUGAUGUUAGUUUCCAAGGCUUCAUUAAUUUUAUGAAGCGAAGUGAUAAUUACCAUUCGUGGUUUUAUCAGCAAUGUACUGAAUUUGGAUAUUUCCAGACAACUUCUUCUAGAUCUCAACCAUUCGGUGAUGCUGUGUCUAAAGACAUGUAUAUAGAAAUUUGCAAAAAUUUGUUUGGUCCUGAAUUUGAUGAAGACAAGGUAGAUAAUGCUGUACAAACAACUAAUAGCGCUUACGGUGGACAAAGACCAGAUGUAAAACAAGUUGUAUUUGUUAAUGGUGACGUCGAUCCCUGGAGUACGUUAAGUGUGCUCCAAGACUUAUCUGACGAAGCACCGGCUAUUGUGGUACCUAAAGGGACACAUUGUGCAGAUAUAGUAAUAAGGCCUGAUUCAAGCGAAGAGCUAAAAGGAGCUGUCGAGCGUAUCAAACAAUAUAUUAAAAAAUGGAUUGGUGUUGGCAAUAUUCCUGUUUGAUCACUUAUUAACCAACCAAAAUACAAAUAUAAUUAUCAGAAAUGAA